AUGGACUACUCUGAUUUGAUCCGUCCGAACGCCAGGGAGGUCAACGCCUCAUCUCCCACGCAUCGAUCUUCGUCCCCCCAUUCGUCUCGCAAUGAAUCCAGACGCAUGCCUUCCUUCGGCUCCCAGAACCGCGCCCUGGCGCCUGAUCAAGGCCCGCUGCAACCCGCCAACGAAUCUACCCCAAUCGUGAGGAGCUCCGACUCGUCCAACCGCCACUACCAGUCGACCGACGGCCUGAGAAAUCGGGAUUCGGGCUCUGCAGACACGCCUGGAAAGAACUCGGCGCACCGAAAUCCCGGGGCUGCCGAUCAACAGGCUCAGCAGUCAGAAUUGGCAGAGCCCAAGGCGUCAUGGUAUAGUCAGUUCGCCGACAGGUACGGCAGUCUGGAACUGGAGAACAAGGGGAGUGUUGCUCGUGAUCAUCUGGCAUUAGAACGGACAUUCCUCGCCUGGCUACGGACCUCGCUGGCCUUCGCCUCUAUUGGAAUUGCAGUGACCCAAUUGUUCCGCCUGAACAGCUCUACUAACGGUAACACGUCGAAUGCUGAGGUUUCGAUGCACGGCCUCCCUCCCCUUCUGUCGCCUCCAUUCUACGACCCCAAGGCUGUCCACGCUACGAUUGCUUCGGCACGCCUUCGCAGCAUCGGCAAACCUCUCGGGACCACAUUCAUUGGCGUUGCUAUCCUGAUUCUUUUGGUUGGUUUCCAUCGCUACUUUGAAAGCCAGUAUUGGAUCAUCCGUGGUAAAUUUCCCGCCAGCCGCGGCAGCAUCGCGUUGAUCGCGUUUGUAGCCGUUGCCUUGAUCAUAGCGGCCUUAGUCGUCAUUCUUGCCAUUUCUCCCGGCGCAGUUGAAAACUAG